UAAAAUAUUCAGAGUUAGUUGAUCUCGUCAAAGAAUUCCGCACCGUCCAUAUGGAUGGCCAAAAAAGAUGGCCGCUUUGAUCCCGAGGUAUACUCUACAAGCAGCAAGGAAGCAGACAACAUGCAUCGCGGCCGUCGCGACGGUGCAGACGAAUCAUUACUCGUCGCAGCCGCCGCGAGUUAUCAAAAAUCCCACCACCGCCUCUCUGAAAAGAGGUACAGGUGGCCGUAGCUCCUUCAACGGGAUAGUAUGCACGGUAUUCGGUGCGACUGGAUUUGUUGGGCGCUAUGUGUGCAACCGCCUCGGCAAGAUUGGCACUCAGUUGAUAAUACCGUACAGAGGUGACAUGUACAACUGCUUGCCUCUGAAGCUCUGUGGAGAUCUGGGACAAAUUCUGUUUCAUCCGUUUCAUCUGCGCGAUGACGAGUCGAUAAGAAAAUGUAUUAAAUACUCCAAUGUAGUUAUCAAUCUGAUUGGUCGCGAUUGGGAAACCAGAAACUUCACUUUUCACGAGGUACACGUUGAGGGGGCCAGAAGACUCGCCAGACUGUGUAAGGAAGCCAAUGUCGAGCACUUCAUUCAUGUGUCCGCCCUAAACGUGACCAAUGACUUGGAGUCACACGUACUAGAUGGCGGUUCGCAAUUCCUUCGUACGAAAUGGGAAGGCGAAUGCGCGGUGCGAGAAGAAUUUCCCGAGGCUACGAUUAUUCGGCCGUCGAACAUAUGGGGCCAGGAGGACCGAUUUUUGCGUAUGUACGCCGGCAUGAUGAGACAUCAUUUCAGGACUGUACCAUUGUGGGAAAAAGGUGAAAAGACGGAAAAGCAGCCAGUGGCUGUGUACGAUGUCGGCAAAGGUAUCGCAGCUGUCGCAAAGGACCCCAGAAACACAGCCGGCAAAACUUAUCAGUUUGUCGGGCCAAAUCGUUAUAAACUGUCUGAAUUACUGGACUGGUUCCAUCGAAUACGGAUACGUGAUCCAGUCGAAGACGGCUACAUGAGAAUCAACUUAAAAUACGCGCCACUUUUCAAACUUAAAGUCACUUUGAAUGAAUUCAUAAGUACCGCGUAUCCUUUAGGAAACUUACAAUGGGAACAUUUGGAAAGAGAAGCGGUAUCUGAUAAAAUAUCAAAGGCACUGCCAACUCUAGAAGAUCUUGGCAUCGAGUUAACGACAAUGGAAUCGCGAGUUCACUGGGAGUUGAAACCGUUCCGUAAAGAUAUUCAAUAUAUGGAGAGCGUUGGCGAGUUCGAUCCUGUUCCGAAUCCACCAACCAUACCAAUUCAUUAAAUGCUUUCUCUAAUAUGCUAGAUAUAUAGAUAAUAUAAAUAUAGAAUAAAAUAUGUACUCUUACCGUUAAGUAAUACUUACUGUAAAGAGUAUGUUGUUAAUUAAAUAUCGCGAUUUCAAAUACAUAUUAAAUUAUUUAAACAUU